UUGAGCAUAGUAAGUGUCAUAAUUGCCUCUCCGCAAGUCAAAGAUUCGGAAUCUCAAGCGGAUAAAAAACCAGUCCCACAUAACCACUUGUUUCGAUAUCCCCAUCCAGCCAGAACUCAAAUGCGUACACCCCCAUCCCUCACAACUCUCCCGGUUGAGCUCCAGAGGCUCAUCUGCGAAACUGUGCUCGACCGCCCAACUCUCAGGACGUUGAACGUCACCAGUCAACACUUUUGCAACAUGACAGAUGCACUACUUUGGAGGCACAUCACGAUGCCUUUAUCGCUGCUUGGCAGCACAGUGCACCAAUGUCUCGACAUAAAUCAGCUUCUCCUGACACCUCCACCACAUCGCUCGAUCGGAGGAUAUGUCCAAUCGAUAUGUAUUACGAUCGGGUUUUGGGAGCAUCAAACCCUAAAUGGGGAGGAGCAUCAACGUCACGACACCGCGCAGGAAGCCAAGCGACUGAUCAAGGGCAUCAGAUUGUGCCCCAGGCUUCGGAGACUCGAGUUCUUUCUUGGGGGGGAAUCCGAGCCUGCACAAAUAUUUUUUCACGAGCUUGAGAAGGUUCAUCAAUCAGAUCACAAGGAGGGAUCUGAGCUCUACAUCGAAAUGCCGCCUGCGUUCCAUAGAAAUGAUUACACUGGACCAUCCUGGUGUCCUUCUCGAGCCAUAUAUACCUCUCCCUGGGUCCGAUUGGAGCUCACUCCAAUCAAUUCGUGUGCAGCACAUCAAUUCCAUCAUCCCAUUCCUUCGGCUAACACUUCACUUUUCGGAAUUUUCGAGUGAAGCGAGAGCAGUGAUG